CUCCCAAUUUUGGAACAACCCCCAACAGCCCACACAUUCCGAAGGUAAACGAACAACCACCCACCGACCCACCUCAUCUCCCUCCCUUCCGUUUCCGCUCUUGCUUGGCGGCGGGCGGCAAGGACGGCGGCCAUGGACGGCGGCGGCAUCAACCCCAACGGCGGCAUCCUGUCCUACGAGAAGCUGGAGGGCUACGCGAUCUGGGUGGCCACCGGCGUGGCGUCGGCCUUCUUCGCGUCCCUGGAGCGGUGCUCCUGCAUCCAUCUCCACACCGCGGAGGACGACGGCGACGAGGACCCCGAGGAGGCCAAGGACCGCCCACUCAUGUUCUCCCGCCCCCAGGCCCUCCCCGAGUACUACUACGACCGCUCCGGCUCCUCCGCCUCCUUCGCCAAGAUGUGACCACGCACGGAUCACGGGGCCGUUCUGCGUGAUCCGAUCCGUUUCUUGAUUAGUUCUCGUGCCGUGUGUGAAUUGUGAUCCGGUUGUGUAUUCGCAUUAUGUUCUUGCCAAGAAAUGCGGCACCGCGUUGUCCCUGCGUGAUUCGAACAGUUGAUGGAUCUGUAAUUCCGUAUCGUGUGUUGUCCGAUUCUUUGAUUUUCUUGGUUCCAGGACGGCAUUGCGUUCUGCUGAUCUCGGGCACCGGAAAUUUUCGGAUGCAUGGCAUUGCCUAUAAAUGUAAUCGAUUUUCAUUUA